AUGUGCGGUGGCUUGAAGGCUCCUCGGUAUCAGCGCCCUGCCGAAUCUACGUUUCGGCUAGCGGACGCGGUCAUCUCAGGCCCGAUUCUGUCAAGUGCGGGCUCCAGCCUCCUUGACGAGGUCGAUGUCGGUAUAGCUCGACUCAAUAUCCUGAGCCCAUCUCUCGAAGCGAAUAACCUGGCGCACGAUUCUGAGGCCAAGGACGGCCCCCGUCGUGGCGCGGAUAAACAUGACGAUUUUAAAACAGUAGGCAACCAUACUACCGAUCCUGUUGUGCCUGUCCAGUCUGCCGAACUGGAAGUGCUCAUGAAGGUUCAAAGAGAUCUAUCCGUGACACGAUUGGAGCAGUUUUGGGGACCUCAGCGGUUUGAGGCACGUGAUGAGGCCUGGAGCGACGGGCCGCCUGAAGCCGAAAAUACGGCUCUUGAGUGCGUUGACUUACGAACCUGCAAGCCUCUGCUUAUUUCCAUUUCGGAUGCGCAAGCCGUGGUUUCGUACAAGAACCUUCUCAAGAAGGAUAGCGUAACGAAAGCCAGGGCUUUGGAAGAGCUUUUGUCCUACGUCAAGGUAUACCCAGCCGCUUCCAUCGACAACUCGCGUCGUGUACGUGAAUUGGCACAGUCGCUUCAGUAUGAGUUUAUGAAGGCUGGCCGGAAGCGCAUGGAGCGCCAGAUCCCGAAGAUUGUGGGCCCAUGGCUCGCUGGCCUUUACGAUCGUGAUCGCCUGGUCGCCAGGGUCGCAAACGACGGCCUUUCAUCUUUCUUAAACUCGCCGGAGAAGGUGGCCAUGUUCUGGAACAAGUGCCAGCAGCAGAUCCUCCAGUUUGCCCUGGGCGCGAUCCGGGAAACAAAGGACUCUUUGAGUGAUGAGAGAUCGACGACCCCAGAGGAUGCGGAAGCCAAGUACUUUCGCGUCCUUGGUGCUGCCCUUUCUUUGGUACUGGGCCUCCUUCAGAAACUCGGCCCCGAUGAUACCCUGAAAUUCCAAGAUAGCUAUGCCGAGUUUCUCAACGAGGACGUUGUUUGGAAGUGCAUUAAUGCCGGGGAUUCGUCCGUACGCAAAUCGGCAUGCCAGCUUCUCCAGGUUUGCCUGCAGCAAAAGAAAGCUAUUCUUGAAGACAAGAUGGCGCGCCUCAAGAAGGUUCUCAUUUCCGAGGGUCUCAAGGCUAACCAUACAGGGUCAGCCGCCGCAUUCACCAAGGCUCUGUCUUCCUUCACUGAAGCAUUCCCUGCUGUAUGGGAGUCCUCGACGGGCGACAAGAAGACACCGGUCUCCCGUUUGAACCAUUUCGUGGAGAAGGGAUCUCAGGGCAGCGAGGCCAAGUAUUGGGAACAUUUGCAAGCUCUUUUACAGAGGAUCCCCGCCCAACUCAUUUCCCUUGAUGCAGCAAUCUCAUUGGCCAAGUCAAUGAGGUCAGGGAUCUCGAGUAGGGAGGAGCCCCGAUCGAAUGCGGCCCUAGCAUGGGGUUGCUACCUUCAGACCUCUCGAACUUUUAUGUCAAGAUUCCCCAUUGUUUCGGACCAAGUCACAUUUGCAAAGGACGCACUCUUCCCUCUUGUCGAGCAUUACUUGCAUCCUGCAGCUACAGGCGCCUCGGUGUGGACGAUCCCCGCCUCAUCCGCUCCCAUCAUCGUCGAAGGGUGCUACGCCAUCACAACCGAAUCCGCCCCCGCUGCCGUCAGCUCGGCUGCGGAGGAAAGAUGGAUGCAGCUUGGCCAAGACUUUUGUUCACGAAUUACCAACUCACUCCCCGAGGUCUCGCGUGAAUUCCAAAAGUCCCAGGACUUGAUCGCGGAGGAAGGUCGCCGGUGGUUCUCACUGAUCGGUCAAAUCCAGAAAACCAAAACCAAGUCGUCACCCUCAAGCACUGAAACAGCCCUCGAUUCUGCAGCUGUUGAGAUAUUCUCCUGCUGUGUUGAUGUGCUUUCUAAGCGAAAUCUCAAGCCGUUUGGUGCCGCUAAAACGAUUUACUACUUGGGCGACUUGACAGCCUACCUUGAAUCAAACAAGUCUGUUUCUGACAAACUUUACACCUUUCUUCUUCAUAUUGGAAAGGAACAACUUGACUUGGUCCUCAGAUCGCAGGCCAGGUUGGAUCUAUUAGCCUCCGUUCAGUUGUACACGAAGGCACCCAGCCUGCAGCAAAAGUACGAGUCACUAUGGGAUAUUUGGUCCUCGCAAUUACUCCAGAUUUCACCUAGCAGCGUUGCCUCGCCCAGUCUAGCAGUCCUGAUCGCGAAUGAGAAGGCAGCCUCGUUUUCAAGACGGAAGGAUGAGGUUCAAAAAUACAUCAUCGGCACUACACUGCAGUCUCUUGGGAAUACGGCGGACAACUUCCAUUUACUGGAGUCCUCCCUUCGAUAUGGUGCUUUGACCCUGGGCUCUGUGAAAGCUAUCGCAGUGGGUAUCCUGGAGCACCUCCACACCGGGGAUAGCGGAUUAGAGAAGGCACUAAGUGGCCUCGAUAUCCUAUCGAGGCAGGGCGCUUCACUUCUAUCCGAGGAUGAUGACUUAUAUCUGAGCCUCGUCACGCAACUCUUAUCCUUAGCAGAAACCCCAGAAUCAACGGUGUCGUCAAAAGCACGAGAGUUGCAUCAGCUUCUCGAUCGCCAAAAGGAUGGAAAGAAGCCCACGUCAUCCAUCGUACGAAUCAAUCUUGAUGGAGCUGAUCACCAGUCUCUUGAAAUCGAUACCGUUGUCCAACUUGCAGCCCGAGACCUUUCCUCUAACCCUCAGAACUUGCCGGAAUUAUUACCAAAACCGGAAAUAUGGCGGGACGACCUGAUCAAGCUCACUCUUGGGGGCGUAAACCCUUCCCUAUCCAUAACUAGCUUGCUUGGUGGCGCUCAAUUCCUUGUAAAGGCCUCAUCCGCCGAACAGGCUAGCCCGGCCGCGCGAGAUAGGAACGGGUACUCGGCCUCUGCUCGCAUGGGGUUGUAUUUGUUGAAGCUUUUAGAAGAUGGAGUUGAGUUAGAGUCUUUACCGACAGCAACAGCUCUAGAACUCAUACUCCUGCUACUCGUCACCGUAGAAAUCGGCUCUGAGCAGCUCACCAUGAUGGAGCCCGAUGGGCUGUUCGAGCUCAUGUCUCCGGCAGUGCAGACAAUAGUCGACAAGUUUGUGUCUUCGACUCGAAAAUGGCUCAAUACUCUAAUAUCUGAGUCUGCCGGAUGGAAAGAGAGGGAGGCUGGGGGCGCAUCUGUGCCUCUGAUAUUCGGCAUCCUGCAGGCCUUGCUUGAUAGGUCCAAGGGGAACAGUCCCGUAAGCUUUUAUCACGCCAAGGCCGCCGCUGAAAUAUUUCAAGCUUUUACAGAGGAGCAUGGCCCUCCCGACAACUUCGGGAAUCUUCUCGAAGCCACUUACCCGUCAAAAGAAACUCCCUCCUCCAUCUUCCCCGUUGUUGCGCUUCUCCGAGGCGUUGGCCAAUCCAUGAGUUCACCGGACGAGCUCAGCACGAUAUGCAACCGGCUCGUCAGUGACGUUGCUGGCGCCAAGCCUACCUCGGAGAAGGCUCUUGCGAGCCUUGUUCUUCUUACCUGCUGUCUUGCCUUUUACGAAGAGGGCGAGGUCCCUGUACAGAUGAACAGGCUUGUAUUUGCUGCUAAGAAUGUCACAGGCUGGUUCGAGGCUGAAGGGCCAGUUGACCCGUUCUUCGCCGCGGAGAGUUGUCGUCUUCUCACGCGUCUCUUGCCCGAGCUUGCUUCCGUAUAUGGGUCUCACUGGGAGAACACGCUUGAAUAUUGUACUAGGAUUUGGGCAACCGCUGGCGAAUACCCACUUGACGUCUCGCUGUCGGCGAUCCAUGCUUCAUUAAAACUUUACUCCACCCUUGAGGCUCUUCCCGAACCUAACGACGAUCUCGAAGACUCCCUCAAGGAAUCGGCAGAGAUCAAGGCCAAGUCCUUACUGGACUUGCUAAAAUUGCCAAGGGAGUACAGCUCCCAGCCCUUGUCCAUUGUCGAUUCUUUCCUUUGUCGACAGGUCGUCAAGAUUCCCAUGAGGUUUGUCAAGGACCUAUCGGAGCUCUAUGGGCUACUAGCCUGCGAGUCCCGGGACAUUCAAACUGCCAUCUUCACGCUGCUUCACCGCGCAUUGCCCAAGUUACAGGAGCAACUAUCGGUUGACGUGCUCCUAGACAAAGAGAGUGCGAAUAUCCCCGACGAAAUGAUAUCGCUUUUGCUGGAACCUCCCACACUCGAGAAGUAUCCAGACGAUGUCUUCACGGCAUCACUCGCUGUGCGCAACGACUACACGGAAGAUAUCAAGGCAGGAAAUUACAUGUCACCUCUACUAGACUUCAUCUUCGAUGUGCUAGGCCACUCGGCGGCGCACCCAAUUAGUCUCGACAAGCAAGGCCUCACAAGCGAGCACAUUCGAGCUUAUGACAUCAAGACGGCCGAUUCGGAAUCCGACGAGCGAGAUAUGCAAUGGCUCCUGGUCCAUAUCUAUUAUCUCUGUUUGAAGUACACGCCAGAGUUGUUCAGGGUGUGGUUCAUCAACUGCCGGUCCAAGCAGACACGGAUCGCCGUGGAGGGAUGGAUGACGAAAUACUAUUCUCCGCUCAUUGUGCUCGACGCUCUUGAUGAUGUUGCCCGCUGGGCAGAGGCGCAAGAGGCACCCAGCGAUGACGAAAAGGAGCUGUUGGUCAAGGUCAGCAGGACAGCACGAGAAGUGACGGCCGGAUAUGAAGUAGACGAGGAUAUGGCCGCGAUUACGAUCAAGGUACCACCCAAUUAUCCGAUUGAGGGAAUUACAGUCAUAGGCACCAGCCGAGUUGUGGUCAACGAGAAGAAGUGGCAGAGUUGGGUCAGAACAACUCAAGGCGUCAUCACAUUUUCGAAUGGAAGUAUCAUCGACGGCCUCAUGACAUUCCGCAGAAACAUUGUGGGGGCUUUGAAGGGCCAAACGGAGUGCGCCAUUUGUUAUGCCAUCAUCUCGACGGAUAAGAAGAUGCCUGACAAGCGAUUCAAGGGCGCGAAGGCCGUGAGUCUGAGACGCGAUACGGUGGGCGAGCGUUGGUAA